AUGAAUGAAGAAGAAAUUAAAAUUUUAUACAGCGAUGAUAAAUCGAAAGUGUCUCAAAUUCUAGAUUCUUUUUUGAAAAAUAAUGAAGAUGUAUUUAUUUUUCCGGAAUUAUCCAAAAAUAACCAUAGAUUAAUGCUUUGGGAUGUGUUAUUCCGGCAUAUUCAAGAAAAAUCAUCAGAACAUCUUCACGGUUCAUGUUUAUCUGCACUCAGAAUAUUAAGCCGGGAUAAAUCUGAAGUAGAUGUACUGAUUUGUGAAAAGUGGAUUAUAACUUUGAUUGAAAAGGCAGGUCUUUAUAAUUUUCUUAACAUUGAUGACGAGUCUUUGCCAGCUGAGAUAAUACCCAAGAAAGAAGAGGCUGUUGAGGCGUUAAAAUGUUUAUGCAAUCUUGCUUUGAAUAGUGAAGUGGCAAGAGCACUUUGUGCUCAUACUGCGAUUGCGCAAGGUUUGGUGGCAAGGCUGAGAUCUUAUAAAGAAACACCCUAUAAAGAUGAUAUAAUGUUAUUGGACAUGAAGUUGCUCUUUAUUUUAACAGCUCUAAGACAAGACAUAACUUCAAAGAUCAAGACUGAUUUGCAUGGAAUGGAUUAUCUUAUAAGUUGCACAAAUGAGAUAGUUCUGGAAGCAUCUCUUACAUCUGAUACUGCAGGUGCUUCUAUGAGUGGUGCUGAAACUGGAGAAGACCACCACUGUUACCUUCAUGAUAAUCAACAUGCAAUUGUGUGUGAAAUAUUAAAAAUACAAUUCAAUUUAACCCUUCAAUCGAGUGCUGAUGAGCAAGUUGAUGAGGCUGAGGAAGCUAUGUAUUUAAAACUUAUGCCAAUACUCACAACCCUGUUGAGUGCUCAUGCAUCUUCUGAGCAAAAAUUGAUGGAGCUACGAAGUAAUAUUGUAAAUUUACUGUUGAGUGUGCCAUUGAAAUUUUACCCCUUUUUAACACCGCAAAUAAAUGAGGGAGAGAAAUCACAAUGCAUGUAUGAUGGUAAAAAUAUGGAUGCAUUGCAGUCUCUGAUUCAGUUCUUGAUGUAUCGUUUAACAGUUACAACGAGUACAAAAAAUCAAUACGAGAAUUUGUCCCCGAUUCUUACGGUUUUGAACAAGAGUGCCCGUAGCUGCCGAGCUCACCGCAAGUAUCUCCGCCAAGAAGUGUUGCCACCAUUGCGCGAUGUGUCGCGACCUCCCGAAAAGGGUUCCACACUGCGAAAUCAAUUGUGUAGAUUGCUGACAACUCCAGUUACAUCAAUAAGAGAUUUAGUUGCAGAGUUCUUAUUUAUUUUGUGCAAAGAGAAAGUUGGGCGUAUGGUGAAAUAUACGGGCUUUGGAAAUGCGGCUGGACAUCUGGCUCAGAAGGGCCUUUUAGCCGGAGGCCGGGGGAAUGUUGAGUACUCAUCUAGCAGCGAGGACUCCGAUACCGAGGAGUAUUUAGAGGCUCAACCACAUAUCGACCCCGUAGUGGGUUGCACUCGACCGCCCCGCAUCAAUCCAUUUGAAGGCAUGACGGAGGAACAGAAAGAAUAUGAGGCGAUGAAGUUAGUAAACUUAUUCGACAAGAUGGUGUCUAAAGGAGUUGUAAAACCGGCUAGGGUGGGUGCUGACGGUCGGCCGCAGCCCGUGGAACACGUACUGGAGAUGCGAGAACAUCCACCGAAUAGACCACAGUCGUAA